AAGCACCAUGUAUUCCGUUUUCAGUUUAUCGUCUGCAACAGUUGCAACAACAAGUGGUGUUGGGAGUGAAUGUUCGGAAGAUUUUCUUUCGAUUCCUGGUGCCAUCAAUUUGGUUGGUGGUGCAACACUUCCCAUGAUGGUGCCCGUUGUCACUCAAAAUCGUAUUUGCGGACAAGUGUUCUCCUCAGUCACCGGUAACACUGUUGCCAUUGCCUAUGAUGCAGCCAUAGCAAACAUGAUGAUAUCUAUUUGUUCUCAAACUCGACCUUUCGAGAUCAAUUUUAAGUCAAGUCCUGACGAGGCCACCAUGCCUAAUCGGGAAGAUGCCACUGCACCCGGUGGAAUCAUUGGUUUCAGUUUGAACUACCAACAAAUCCCAUGUUAACCCAGCAAUUCAUUACAUUUUUGAUUGCACUUGUUCAUGUUAAUGAUUCUCGAAUAAAGCUAUUCUU